GUCUCCCCUCAGAUCAACGGGGACCACAAGGUGGAAAGGGACUCUGGAAUAGAGGAGAAUUAAGACAAAGGUUUUGGACCUCUUGGACUAGCACUUUUUUACUUUUUGAAACACACGCAAAAAAAAAAAAGACUGAAACAUGUGUUCUGGGAAUUUUGCAAAGUGUUUAGGCAUCACCCUCAUUCCUUUAGCUAUUCUUUGCUUCCUCUGCAACAUUCUGCUGCUUUUCCCUGGUGGUAAAACUGCUGAAAACAAUCAAGACAUUACAGAUGAGGCCUGGUACUUCGGAGGAAUAAUAGGCUCUGGAAUAUUGAUGAUUUUCCCGGCGCUGGUCUUCUUGGGGCUGAAAACCAACGACUGCUGCGGCUGCUGUGGCAAUGAGAGCUGUGGGAAAAGAUGUGCGAUGUUUUUCUCCAUUAUAUUUGCUGGAGUUGGCGUUUUGGGAGCUGGCUAUUCUUUCAUCAUUUCUGCGGUUGCCAUCAAUCGGGGGCCUAAAUGUUUAACAAAUGGCACCUAUGAAUACCCAUUCAGUGAGGGUAACUACCUGUCCAACACAUCAAUGUGGACGCUAUGCACAGGGCCUUCAGGCAUCGUGUCCUGGCACCUUACGCUCUUCUCCAUGCUGUUGAUUAUGGGCCUGGUUCAAAUGGCACUGUGCGCAUUUCAGGCUGUCAACGGCCUGAUCGGCACCAUCUGUGGAGACUGCUGCGGAUGUUGCGGGGGCUCUUGAACUGAAUAAGACUCCAGAAAAGAGAUUUAAUAUACCAUGAAGAUAUCAGGAAUGUUGAAUUUGUUUUUUUUUUUUUUUGCCUACAUAUUCCAGAUUUUUUUUUUUUUUUUUUAAUUUAUGCCACUCAGACAUUUUGUACAGGUUUACAGUGUACACUAUGCCUCUUUUGCUUGAUGGCGCUGCUUAUGAAGGCAAACGAGAAAUGUAAUAUUUAUAUGAAAUGUUUAAAGAUCACUCACAUUUUAACACAAAGUGUGUUUUUUUUUUUUUUAAAAAAAUUGCUUUUUGUUUUUGCAAAAUAUGGACAACAAAUAGUUGUAGGAAUCACUUUUUAGACACCAAAACCUUUAGUGUAAUUAGUGACACAAGACUGUACAACAGAAUAUGAGAAUUACAUAUACUGUAUAUAUAUAUAUAUAUAUAUAUAUAUAUAUAUAUAUAUAUAUAUAUAUAUAUAUA